UCACUUGGGAGUUUUCUCUUGGACUGGGUUCUUUGCGAUCGUGACAGAGCUGUUGUUGUCAAGCGACUGGUGUGUACAGAUGACAUAAGAAAGAUAAUAAUGAAUAGUGAUGCUAUCGCAUUCACCAUGAAUUAUUUCUUGAUUCGCAACGAUGUAGAAGUUAUUGAAGCGUUACUUCAACUGGAUGUCGACAUGAAUUCAGCGUGGAUAGACAAUCGGCAAUACAUUUACUUAUGUGAUGUUAAUGAUGGAAUGCUGAGGCGUUUGAAGGCAAAUAUAAAGGACAUACCCAUGGUUUCGUCGUUAAUGCAGAAAGUGAAGGCGCGCCCAUUGCAAGGCAAAGUCAAUGCAAAUGCCUGGUGCAGACCUGCGAUCUACUCUUCUGCAGAACAGCUGAAUACUGAAGAGGUAUUGCCAUACUGGGAGUACAUGUUUAUUUGGAGUUUAUUGUUGCGAAAACACGAAAUUGCGAAAAUAAUCUGGACCAAAACGAAGCAUCCGCUCUUCGUGUCCCUCAUUGCAUGCAAUUUAUGCAAGGCGGUGAAGCAGGAAACAAACGAUAACGUUUUAAUUGUCGAAAUGGAAAACAAUAUGAGCGAGUGGUCUACUGUGGCUAUAGAUUGUCUUCACGAAAGCUACCAGAUUAGUGAACCAGAAACAUAUCACUAUCUGAAAAUGACCAUGCCUUUUUGGUAUACACAAUCAUGUCUAGAUUUGGCUGUUGAAUCGAAGAACAUGGAGUUCCUGGCCCAACAAGCAUGUCGCAAUCUGGUUGGAGAUGUCUGGAAUGGGAAAACAACGUGUGUCUAUUCAGCCCUAACCAGGAUCAAGUUCUUCUGGAACAAAAUGCAGGCUCCAAAAACCAAAUUCGCGUACAAUGUGGUCUCGUAUUUGGUGUUUCUGAUCCUGUUCGCGUACGUGCUGCUGUUUGAUCUUCCAAAAAAUGUAUCGACCAAGGAAUUAGUGUUAAUGGCAUGGGUACUGACCAUAUUGGUUGAAGAAAUCAGACAGAUGCAUCAAACGUGUCAGAUGUCUGGUUAUAAGAAGGCUAUUCCAUGUGUACAGCGAAUCAGAAAUUUGAAGAAUUACUUUUUGGAAGGAUGGAACCUCAUCGAUUUAUUAACGAUCGUCAUGUUUUUACUGGGGUUCGGUCUGCGAUUCAUACAAUUUCGAGGCACGUCGGUUGAUUGGCCAAGAGUCGUGCUUGCUGUCGAUUUUGUUGUGUUCUUCUUCAGACUCGUUCACAUAUUCUCUGUUCAGAAAAUACUUGGCCCUAAACUAAUUAUAAUUCGAGGGAUGGUACAAGACCUGUUGUAUUUCUUGGUUAUUAUGGCUGUGAUUUUAUUGGCUUACGCCAUUGCGUCGUACUCCAUUCUCUACGCCGAUUCUCCUGUAACUUGGGAAACUGCUAUACAAAUAAUAAGGAAGCCUUACUGGCAUCUUUAUGGGGAACUCUUUCUAGAAGAUAUGGAAGAUUCAACGGAUUGUACAAAUGACUCUAGCUUAUGGACGAACGGAACAAGUGAACGCUGCCUAACCGAGACUGGCAGGAUUGUAGGUCCCUUCAUGAUGGGAAUUUACCUGUUGUUUUCAAAUAUCCUGCUUCUCAACCUUCUGAUUGCAAUGUUUAGUUACACAUUUACUAGAAUCCAUGAGCAUUCAGACAAGAUUUGGUGUUUCCAGAGAUACGUUAUCGUCAAGGAAUACGCACUACGGCCCGUACUAUGCCCUCCUGUGAAUGUAUUCUGGCACAUAUACAAGCUUUUCCAAUGGUGUCUACAUAAGUGUACACUAAAGCCCUUAGAUGAUCCUUUCCAUUGUCCUUACGACAAGGUGACGAUAUUGUAUUUGAAAAAGGCACAACGCAGAUAUCUGGAAAGGAAAGAAACAGACAGUGACAAUUCGAUAGAAACGGCAAAUGAAAAGCUUGAUCAUUUGAAACAUAAUGCUGAGAAGGAGGAGGGAUACAGAAAUAAAGCUCUGGAAUGUUUCGAAGCUCUGAAUAAGAAAGUUGAUGGUUUGGAGACGAAGGCUGAGAGGGAGGAUGAGUUUAGACGCCUGCUGCGUAAUCAUUUGAAAAAAGAGGCCGAGAAAGAGGAGGGAUUCAGAAAUCAAGCUCUGGAAUGUUUCGAUGCUCUGAAUAAGAAAGUUGAUGGUUUGGAGACGAAGGCGAAACAUGAAGAGGAGUGUCGUAAUACGAUGAUGACUAAGAUGAUGCAAGCGGCUGAGAGGGAGGAUGAGUUUAGACGCCUGGUUCUGGCUCAGCUUAACAAAAUGCAGGAGAGUAUAGACAACCUGCAUAGGAAGAAGGCUGACAGCGAACAUAGGGCGGAUAAAACAACGGAGCCGUAAUGUUUACUACAAUCACCGGGCAAUUUUGAUUGCUUUUUAUACGCCCGUCUUUGACGGGACGUAUUAUGGUAUACCCCGCGUCUGUCCGUCCGUCUGUUAAUGUCGUACGCUACGUCAAAUAUCCUUUGACAGAUUUUCUUCAAAUUUUAACACAAUCUUAAUAUUGAUAAACCCUGAUCCCCUUUCGUUUUUGACGGAAUUCUGAAUUGUCGUUCCAGAGUUAUGGGACUUUGUUCGUCAAAAUUUCGUGAUUUCAUUGAAUGUCCUACUGUAGCUCAAAUAUCCUUCGAUGGAUUUUUUUCAAAUUUCAACACAAUCUUAAUAUUGAUAAACCCUGAUCCCCUUUCGUUUUUGACGGAAUUCUGAAUUGUCGUUCCAGAGUUAUGGGACUUUGUUCGUCAAAAUUUCGUGAUUUCAUUGAAUGUCCUACCGUAGCUCAAAUAUCCUUCGAUGGAUUUUUUUCAAAUUUCAACACAAUCUUAAUAUUUAUAAACCCUGAUCCCCUUUCGUUUUUGACGGAAUUCUGAAUUGCUGUUCCAGAGUUAUGGGACUUUGUUCGUCAAAAUUUCGUGAUUUCAUUGAAUGUCCUUCCGUAGCUCAAAUAUCCUUCGAUGGAUUUUUUUCAAAUUUCAACACAAUCUUAAUAUUGAUAAACCCUGAUCCCCUUUCGUUUUUGACGGAAUUCUGAAUUGUUGUUCCAGAGUUAUGCGACUUUGUUCGUCAAAAUUUCAUGAUUUCAUUGACUGUCCUACCGUAUCGGAUUUACCAUGUUACAAUGUUAAAUUAUCAAGUAUUCACAUAUUCAACUGGAUGAGAUUUGACUGGAACAUUGGAAUUCCAUACACGCAUACAUAUACUCAAAAAAAGAUAUGGUAUGAAUGUCAAGGAGACGGCGCUCCAUGCUCAUGUACUUAUAAAAUAAACCAUGUAUUCAAAUACAAAUAAACUGAAGUAAAAAAAUGAUUCAAAGGGUUAUUUAUUACCUUACUACUUCAUUGGCGAACGACGGGCGUAUCAUGCGCUCAUGGCGCAGCUCCUCAGUUUAUAUAUGUUGCACUUAACUAUGCCCGAACAAUGUAUUACGUCUUCAACUACGAACACUUCACGUUAAUUUUAAUACGAAUCGACUAGAGCAUUUCGUGAAGUGUGUAUUCCAUUAUUUGGGUCGGUGUAUUUGCAGUGUAUAUACAUGCUUGCUUUUUGAUUCUCAUUGUAUUUAUAAGUUUUUGUUUUCAAUGUAUUCAAUGUUUGCACAUGUCGUUAAUAUUCGGUGUGAAUGUAAAUGAAUUUAGAGAAUGGUGAAAACGAACAACAAUAGCUUCGGUACAAUUAUUUGCUAAGGAAUUGCGUAAUCAUAAGACAAAUCACGUUAAAACUGGCACAUUAGUCGGUCUAUAUAUUGCAUAUGAUAUCGACAGUGCACAUUCAGUAUUGUCUGAAUCUGAGGAUAUGGUGUAUAUUCUACAGUUUCGUACUAUUACGUGGCCAAAUGUAUGUAUGUAUACCUUUAUAUUGUUGUAUAUUUCUCAGUGCAGUUGUAUAAUUUUGGCAUUGGAAAAUGUGUGUGUUCAAUGAAUGUGUUUGGUAUUGAUUUCUUUUUAAAAGCAUUAAUUUUUAAUGGCACACAAUGGUAGUGAUAAAAACUUUUACCAUGAAGGAUACUUUUUUAAACGCUAUCGAUAUUGUUUGCCUUGCAGUGUAUUGUUGCUUCAUAAAUUGUGUGCCUCCUAUGAUAUGUUAAGCAUUUCUGAAUUUGCAUAAAUGUAAAUAGUGUAUAAGCGUGUUAAUUUGUGUUCGUCCUUUGAUCGUUGCAUCUAGGGACAUAUAUUAUUGCAAUCAUAGAUAUGUAUCCAAAGGCUUCUAAAAUAAGUUUGUUUUAACAACACGAUCAUCAUUUUGAUAGCACGAAAACCGUUUAGUAUGCUCUCAAUACUUAAUCAAACAAUCAUAAGAUUAACAUCUUCUGUUUUACCUGUUUUGGGCAUUUAAAAACUGGGACAUUUACCGACACAUUUUGUCACAAUAAAAUUUCGACUGAUGCACACACUUUAAAGUGUGUUUCUCGAUACUAUUUUCAACAUAACUUUAAUUUUUGUCUACGUCCUGGUACUCCUUAUGAAAUGUAUAUAACUUAAUGUUCAAUAUACCAUACAAUAUACAUCAUUAUUUUGUAUUUUUAGCAGAUGAAAAUAAAAGUAUAUUAAAACAAAUGCGCAAUUAAAUUGCAAAUGUAAUUACGUGCCAUUAAUUUGAAAUGUAAAUGUUAUUCAUAUAACAAUUUAAAUGAACAACUAUUUUUAAUGCAAACCAAUGUUUGUUAUGCCAUAUAACCUACAUCUGUGUUUUCAUACUGUAUGAUUUGUAAAGGGGUAUCUUUUUAAUGUAAUAUUGUUGUUUGAUAAGAUGUUUAGUUUAGGAGUAUAUGUGUUUUUAUAAAAAAAAGUGAUGUGAUAAGCAGGUAGUUACAUGUAGCGACUGAAUGAAAAGAAUUGCUCAUAAUGAAACUAACAAUUAAAGUAGUACCAUUUCAUAUAAUGUGUUAAUGUGUGUCUUAACCUAUAAAUUUUUCGUUGAUUGAACUUAUAUUUGUGUUAUAUAUUUCAUACAUAACUGAUUUUGUACCAAAAAAAAAGUUUUGUUGAACUGUAGUGUAGCUGUAUUCCUACGUAUUUACCAAUUUAACCUUUCAUUUGAGUUUCAAUUUUCUUUGGGUUUUAGUUUUCAAGAUCUUAUGAAAACAUUACAUUUUAUAAUGUUUUUAUAACGUGCGUUAUUAUCGUGUAGUUGCAUUAUGUAUUAUUUCUAUAUGAUGUAACAUGGACAGUUAAUUUAACAUAUAUGAUUUUAGAUAGGUGCAUACGAAUUUAGUAUAUUUGUAGUGUUGGAUUGUUUACAAAUUCUGAUAAUAAAAACAGUAACGACCGAAUUCAUCAUGUUUCAUGAUCAGCACAUUUCAACCAAUUAACAGUGCAGUUCUAAGUUCAUUCAUGAAAUAUUUCAACAGAUGUUUCUUAAAGUUCUUCAUAUAUGUCUUUGAAAAACUAUAAAUUAAAUGUUUAAUUUCCAUUUAGAUUCAUAAACAUAAGUUAUCUACUAUUAACAAGCGCCUCAUUGGGGUUUAUACGCAUACGCUAGUUUUAUAUAUUUGUGGUUUAUCCUAACGCAAUAAUGUAAUGAAUCAAAACUAAUGUCCAGCGGUGUAUCAUGGAAAGCUAAUGCAGUCGGUAACAGAUUAACAACGCUCACAAUGAACAAUAUAAGUCCAUUAAAACUUCACUGAUCUUCUUAAGAAUGUACGACGUUUUAAUUUUAAGAUUAAGUAACUGAUUAUGUUUAAAAAUCAACAUCACGAAUACCUGUUUAAUUGUAUUAUUUUACUGUAUAAAAAUAAAAUAUAGUUUGUUGUUUUGAUGUAUUUCCGCACUAUAACUAGCGUGUGUAUGUUAUUUGUAUGUGUAAUGUGUAAGCUAGUAUAAACCCAUUUAUUCCUAGCGUCUAGAAAAAAGGCCUUGGCAAACAGCAAUGUCUCAUCAGGGUCUGCGCUAUUUGCUUAAAGGAAUUUAUGUAAGAAAUAUUCUAAAUAUACAAAUAAAUAUACUAGACAUCCUUAAUUUUGGAAAUAAAUUGAUCCAAUUUAAAAGGAUGGAAGAGUCCACUAGGCAUUAAUGGGUUAAUAAUGUACAUUACUUUAUUUAUAUUGUUUACUGAUGUAUGUGUUGAGUUUAAAGUGCGUUAUUUUCAGAUUUCAUUGAAAUAUGCAUACACUCAACUAUCCUUGUACACUUGUAAAGUUGGAUCUUUCAAUUCUUAAGCAGUGUACGUAGGCGUUUAUGCAUUUAUGAACAAAAUAACAUAGAUUUACAUGUUGCACAAGUUGCUGAUGUGUUUGUUAGUAGUAACACACACAAGAACACAAUGUCUUGGUCUAUAUGUUAAGUUUACGAGUAUAAAAGUAAUUAUAAACAUUUGAAUAACUAUAAGAUACGUAGGAAAAACUGCACAUAGCAAGACUAAUAUAAAAUUAGUCUGAACGCAAAAUCACCAAUUAUUCAAUAUGUUUUCUUUCAAUAGAUUUUAUUGGUCGAAAUGUUUUUGUUAAUUCACCACAUAUAUAUAAUAAGAAUUGUGUCAUGUGUUUGCCUUUGAAUUUUGAUUUUAUAACAAUUAUAUUAAGGAGAAUACAAUUUAUGCAAACUAAAUUUUACUAUUUAAUGGGUAACGACUAUUUUGCUGUCUGAUAUUUUAUUUUUGACUUUUUGCAUGUUACUGAAGGAGCUAUAUUUGCAUUUCAUAAUAAUACUGAUGCAUAUUAUAAGUUUACGAGUGUAAAAGUAAUUCUUUGACACCUCUGUGCUUUAAACAUGAAUCAUUUGAAUCAUUUUGAUAACUCUAAGACACGCAGGAAAAAUGCACCCAUAUAACAAUAGUCGAGACGCAAAUUAACAAAUUAUUCAAUAUGAUUUCUUUCAAAAGAUUGUCAAAAUGUUUAUGUUAGUUCACCACACAUAUAUACUAAGUAUUUGUUAAUGUGUUUGCCUUUGAAUCGUAACUUAACACACACGUGUCUAUUAACGCGUUAAUUAAAUACAUAAAGUUAUUAUUAUUGUAUAAUACUUUUGUUUGACUUGCUGAGUGAGACUGCAGGAGAUAUAUUUGCAUUUUGUAUGAUGCAUUUUUUCUUAGCGUAGUAAACAUAUAUACUACAGAAAAUGGCGCAUUCAAUUAAUUUGCAACCGAUGGUAGUAGUAUGUUUAUGUUUGUAUUACUCCUUCUUUUAAGUCUUUUGAACGAAAUGAGAUUGCAUAUUAAAUCAUGCAAUCUUGAUUUUAUAAGUAAUGUUUACAAUUGUAUUUGUAUAUUGUAUUAUGUUUGUUUGUCGUGUCUUGACUAAGCAAUCACAUAUGUGGACGUUUUUAAUUGUACUUGAACUUAAUGUCAUGCGUUUGCGUAAGAUCUUUAUAUGAAAUAAUCUUGGAUGCCGUUAUAAAAAAUAACAUCGCAAAAGGGGAGGAUUGAUCAAAGGUCAGUAGUAUCAUAGUAGUCAAAAACAUGAACGGAAAAUGAGGGUUUGACUGAAGUUGUUAGAAACAGGAACUCGCUUUACGAACUGGUUGCGAGUGGAAUUUUAAAAGAAAUUGCAUGAGUUGUAUCUUAUGUUUUUUGCUUAAUGAUUUUGAAACUGAGCACCCACGUGUUACGCACAUAGGAUAUUUAUUAAGCAUUAAUCUUUGCUUUUUGUUCAAUAUGUGCAGGCGGUUCAUACAUUUCAUAGGAAAAGAAUGCAUAUGCACAUAUAAACAUUCUAUAAGGACGACUGUCCGUAUACAAUACACUUUAUAACACCUAGCUUUAUAAAUUUAAAACGCCCCAUGCGUGAUUGCAAUGAAAUAUGCAUACAUUUUAAAUACUUGUAUUAUUCUCAUUAUCAUAUGUAGUAGAAAUAGUAUAUCGUGUGUAUUGUGUAUACCGUAUAGUAUAUUAUUGAACAUAGUUGUUCUAACGUGUUUACCAACAAACCAUAGUGCAAAUAAACUUAUAUCCAUACAUAAGAGGUCUGUUUUGGUCUACAGUUAAACGUAAAAUUAUCGUAUUUAUGUUCAAUUCUAUAACUAAACAUUAUACAUUCAAAAAUUACACAAAAGUAACAUUUAAUUGGGUUUUAUCUAUUAAAAGCGUACGUAAACAACUAUGGACUUAAGUUUUGCUUUAAUUGCACUAUGGUUUAUUGAGCAAUUUAAUCGAUUAUUAUGUCUUUAAAUUUUAAGGUUUUGAGUCUUUAGGUAUAAAUAAACGACCGACCGGUUAUCGAGCAUCAUCAUUCGCAGAUAUGAAAGUUCAGAUAUGUUCGUAUGCGUAUAUUCCAGAUUAGUUUUUGGUUUUCAAAUUAUUCAUGACCGUGUGUUUUGUGGUAUGAUCAAACAAAUGCUUAAACAAAUAUUAAAUGUGGCAUGGUAUGUGUUAUAAUCCGAUAGUUAAAUAAUAAAUACCCAAAGACUCAAAACACAUAACUGUGUGCUCGAAGUGUAUUGUAGUAGCUUUAAUGACAUAUAUCUUUUAUUUUCUUAAGGGGAAUGUUCACAGAUUACCACGAGGAUACAAUUUAUUGUUCACGCAUAUUACAUGACAUAUUACACAUAUAUAUAUAAUAGGAGCGGCAUUAUAAACACACAUAGUAGUCAUCAGUUUAAAUUGAUAAACUUGCAAAAAUAACGCAAACAAAUGUAAAUUAUUAUUGUAACUCCUAUUUUAAUUGAAGUUUUGGAAAACACGCGAAUCAGUUACAAAAUAAAGUGAAUGGUAAACAAUUAACGUAUUAAUGCAUUAUGUCGGCAUAGACGAAAGGCAACUAAAAGGUAACCUCGUUCGACCUUUGAUUGGCAAGAAUUAACGCCAAGAGGAUGCAUCAUUGAGCUCCCUCGAUAUGCUUUUAUUGUACUGCGUAUUAAAUGAUUAAUGAAAGUCCUUAAAAUUGUCACGCUUAGACUAAGCAUGAUGAACAAACAAAAAAACUGUGAGCAUGUCCCAUGAAUUACUUAUACAAUUAUUAUAAGAUGUUUUUGCAAAUGGUGUUUUGAGGCUUUAUAAAAUUAAAACGACUAUGCCUUUAAUGUUGUAUUAUUAAAGGGUUCAAUACAUAAAAGUCCAUUCCUCAUAAGAGAACAUGAAAAUGCAUUUCUUAGGUUUCUACCAAAACCCAAUAAUGAAAUAAGGAAAUUUCAAGAUUUAUAAUUGUGUAAUUCUAUUUCUAGAAAAUUGUCUGCGUGUUUCUUAAAAGCGUUUGAAAAGCUAAAAGGCAAGCGUUACCGAAAUAAAAAUAUUUUUGUUAAAAGCCUCAAGAUGCCAUGCCAUGUACUCAAUAUUUAAAUGUGUAUGCAUGCAUAUAAUAACAGCUUCACAUAUUAGCAAUAAAAGAAGAACAUGU